AUGGCAGACACCUUACCCGCACCUUUGCCUCGGGCAACAUCCGAUGAUAAUAAGAUCAUCGAGGAAUAUGCCGAUGGAUGCGGUACUUCCAGCGUAUCAGCCCCCUGGGUCAUUGCCCCGACGAAGAGAAUAAUCACCUAUCAAAUGCAGAUCGUGCAACAGCCUAUUAAUGCUAAAGCAUGCGAUAUUGGAGGGAAGCGCUGGUGUAUAUUGCCAAUUCCAAUCAUAUUAGCGUCACUUAACACGCCGCUCGUGGUUAAGUUGAAUAUUUUCGAACUCGAUUGCGGCAAUCAGAUAUACACAGACAUCACUCCCACCCACCGCGGGACAUUUUUGCUUUAUGCUACCCUCGAGAGGGCUCAACCAACUCUCCAAAUCGCCGACAGAUGUUUGUCUGAUCUAUCAUCGCCCCCAUCGUUAGCCAGUGUGCAUGUAGCCGAAAUUGCGUAUCUCAACCGCCCAGUACAAUCUGGGUACUUCGUCCUCUCCGACUUAUCAAUAGCCUUCGAGGGCUGCUAUAUCUUAACUUUGGACUUAUAUGAGCGAAUUCGGAAUUCGGAACGAGAUGUUACAGAGUCAAUCACACCUGCCAAAGCCUCAAUACAUUACAGAAACCCAAGCGUCCCUUCCUCGCUUCACUUCCGCUUGAGAGUCAAGUCAGAGCUAUACAACGUUUUUCGUCCCAUUUCUUUCUCUGAAAUAGCUCAAUGCAUGUCUAUGGACUGCAUUAUUACCGACCAAAGUCCUUGUGUUUGGGUCCGUCGUGAUGCUCGUAUGCGACGCCGAUAUGAUGAACCGAAUGAACGUAUUCGGCUAAGGGAAGACAGCAUGCAGUGA